GUUUAGUUUUUUAUUUUCUUUCUGCUUUGACCAAGUUAAACUUAUUUUAUAUAAACUUAUAAAGUGUUAAAUAAUUACAAUGACAAUCACAGCAUUAGAUCAAAGUACUGUAAAAUUUUUGAAGACAAGCCAAGUUAUCACAUCAGUAUCCUAUGCUGUUAAAGAACUUGUGGAAAAUUCACUUGAUGCCGGUGCCAAAAAUAUUGAAAUUAACCUUUCUGAUGAUGGAUUAACAAAUAUUGAAGUAAAAGACGAUGGCUCUGGAAUUUCAAAAGAAGAUGCUCCAUUUAUGGCACUGUCAUCGUAUACUUCAAAAAUAAAUAAUUUCGAAGACUUGGCUAAACUGUAUACAUAUGGCUUUCGAGGAGAAGCUCUUCAAGCUUUAAGUGAAGUUGCAGAGCUUAUAGUUAUUACAAAAUCACAAAAUGAAGAGAUUGCAACUUUAUAUAAUAUUGACUCACAAGGGAAUAUCUCAAAAUCGGAACCUUGUCAUAGAUCAGUGGGUACAACUGUUCAGGUUAAAGGAUUAUUUAAAAAUUUACCCGUUAGAAGACAAAAUUUACUUAAUUCGAGAAGAGCAAAUCAGGAUUUGAAAUAUUUGGAAGUUCUGUUAAAAAGCUUUGGAAUUAUUCAUCCUGAUCUUCGAAUUACUUAUAGGUUGAAUAAACAAAUUGUAUUUAUAAAACCAAUUGCCAAUAAUCUAAUUGAAUCAAUUACAAAUGUCUUGGGAAAAGAUGUGUCGUCUAAUUUGGAAUUUAUUGAGAAAACUUUUUCCGAGGGUAAAAUUCAAUUAAUGCUACCAAAAAUAGAUCUUCCAGAACCAACGCUAAUUUGUCAAUCAAAAUCUCAAUUUAUUUUUGUUAACAAUAGAAUUCUUGUCUAUAAAGAAUUACAAAAGCUCUUAAAUAAGAAGAUUAAUGAGUAUUAUUUAAAGAAGGGAAUCACAUUAACAAAUUGUAUAUUUUUUAUAAACAUAAAAGUAGACCCUUCAAAUAUAGAUAUUAAUUUAGAACCAAACAAGACUAAAGGAUUUUUAAAAAACGAGAGUAAAAUAAUCGAAUUUAUCGAAUCAGUUGUGAUGAAUUUUUACCAAUUGGAUAUAUUUCCAGAAACUGAGAAUGAUAAAUUAAAAGAAGCUUCAAUUAACGAUAAUACCUAUUCAGAUGAGAAAAAUAAUAGAGAUUCAAGUAUCGCAGACAAAGAAAACGAAUGGCCUGCAUGUAAAAAACGCAAAGUGGAAUUUAAUAGAAAAUCAUCUACUGGUGAUAUUGUGGACAAUGCAAAAUUUUUAUCUAUUGACAAUGAAUCUAGUGAUACGAUAUCACCAAUGAUUUUAAGUAUAAAGGACCCAAUUUUAAGUGAAUCAGACUCAAAUAGCGAUAAUGAAAUGAAAGGAAGGCGUAGUGUUACAUCCAGAAGAAGCAAAGAAUUACUUAGAAAUAAGAGAGUCUCCAAUGAAUCUGUAACCAAAGAAAUGCCUAUGGAUACGGAAACUUUGUCUCAAUUACCAGUUGUCGAUCUUGGGGAGGAAUUUUCACAAUUAAGCAAAGAAUUUUCUAAAGAAACAUUACAAUCAAACGAUUUAACUUCUGAGUCAAUGGAUGAUAUAGAUCCAUUGUUAUUAGAUGUUAAUCUAGAUGAAUUUCUAGACUUUAAUAUGGAGUCAGAAAAAUCAAAACCUGCUUUGAAACAGAGUACUUUAAGUCUAGACACUUCUCAAACUGGAGAAAUAUCUUUUAAAUUGGAUAAAGAUAGUUUCGCGAAUGAUAGUUUAAUCCAACCGUCACCUAAUUCUUGGAGUCGAGGACAUGUUUCAGGAUUGAUGGCAGGCACUGAAGUCAAAGUAGCUGGAUUAAAUGAAAAGGACCGACCAAGUAGUUUAACUGGUUUUAAUAUAUUUUUUUCACAAGUACGAUCACAAGUUGUGGAAGAAAAUCCUGAAAUGUCUGUCCCUCAAAUUGCUAAUCUUCUUACAAAUCGUUGGAAGGAAAUGAGUCAUGAGCAAAGGGCGAAUUAUUAUGAAAUGGCUCAAAAAAGAAUGAAUCAAGAAGAAUUGUCAUUGAAAAGAGAAAAAAAAGAAAAGCAAGAAAAGGAGAAAAACAAAAAAAGACUUUUGAAAAUGUUAAAUAUUAUGAAAGCAAAUAAUAAAGAAGUAAAUAAAACAAAAGAAACUAUGAAAAUAAGAACAACAACACAAAUGGAAACUAACAUCAAAAGUCUCACUGAGAAAUUCUAUAGAAAAAAAUCUUCAAAUCAAAACUUGGUAAUAGGAAAAUUACAACCUUCUUUAUGGAUUGUGAAAAUAUCCACUCAGUUUUGGUUACUCGACGUAGCGGAAAUGUUUAAAAAAUUAAAUUUUAUUGAACAUAGUUCAAAUGAAACUAACGCCAAGACACUGGAAAAGCUUUUAAAACGAUGGACAUUAGAAAAAGACGAUAUGUCUAUUUUACAUCUUAUCGAUAAAAAUAUGUAGUUAGAUUCAAAAAUAAUUUUAAAAAUUUUAUGACAUUUUAAUGUUAAAAUAUUAGUAUUUUUUUAUUAUUUAAUAAUUUUAAUAAAAAUAUUUAUAACAUAAAUCAUUUACUGUUAUUUUCAUUUACAUGGAAAUUCGUAUUUAUUUUUAAAUUUAGCGCCUUUUGUAAAUAAUCGAAAUAAGUCUAUCGAUAUGUCGUACAUCGAUAGAUAUCAGAGUUGGGCGGGCCAAAUCAAAAAGUAAACUAAGACCGUUUAUAUAAAGUAGUAAUAUACGUUAAAAUUACUUGAUAUUUUAAAAUAAUAUCAAAUUAUUAAAGAUAAGUUGACAAGUGUUUAAAUUUUUCUUAAAUACGUGAAUCAUUUUUAAAUAAUGAAACGAACAAAAAAAUAGCAUUUGGAUAAUUAUUUUUAAAAAAUAAUUAUUACUUUCACAGACAACUUGACAUAUAAAUACUUAAAAAUUCUCAAAAAGAUUAAAAAAAAAUGUUUAACAAUAUUACACAGAUCUUAAGAACUCUUAUUUAUAAGACUGGAAUAUUAUUAAAAGAGGACAUUACUUGAAAACUUAUUUGUAGCCAAAAUGUUCGUAAAUAAACAUAAAUUCAUUGAUGGCAUUAAUUUUGUAACGAAUAUUCGACCUUAUAUAAUGAAGACAAGCGAAUGGAUUGUAAUCAUUGAAAACACAUUUCGCAGAAGAAUAUUUAGAAUCAAUAAAGUCUUUAUCCUGAAUACCCUCUGUUUGAUUGAAAUUCGUUACCAUCAAUGGGCAUUGUCCUUUAUUAAAAACUGCUAUAGAUUUUUUCCAAGACGAAUAAGCGUGAAAACCUGGAUUAAAACAAGCAAUCAUAUCGGGCUUUUCAAAAUUUUUACUGCUACAAUAAUUAUGAUAUUCUGUCGCAUAUUUUUUGAUAAUCAAUUGUCUUUUAUCUUCCACGCAGAGUUUGCACACAUUUUGCACAUUCGCAUCAAACGGAAAUAGUUCAGGUCCAAUCAAAAUUAAUGUAAGUUUACGUAAUUGUGGCAAAUAGUGCAAUAUUGUUUCCCAAUAUGAAAAUACUUGUUCACGUAUAUGUGCGCCAACAACAUGAAUUAACAUAGAAUCCAAAUUGAGAUUUAAUUUCUCCAUAGCAAAAAGUAUUGACAGUGGAAUAGAAUAUUUCUCUGAAAAAUAAGAGUCAAAUGCAAAUCUUUUUUCAAUUUCUAACAUAUUGUAUGGAACAUUUGAAAAAUAUUUUUCAAAAAAUUGCAUCAUUGAAUUUGGCAAUUUUUCAACGUUUUUUUGCAAUGGUAAUUUCAUAUCUUCAUUUAUGUACGACAUCGAUUCAACAAUAUUUGCAUAGGAUUUAUUUUGUAAAUAAAAUAUUGAUAAGUAUUUAAUGCACACAUUCUCAUGACUUGGAUCAUUUAUGUGAAUCUCGCAAAAGCUGGAUUGAGGACAUUUCGUACAAUUUUUAAGAAGUUUAGGAUUACAUUCAAAGCAAACCGCACAAACUCUUGGGUUGUCUAUCAUAUCAAAUUCAAGACAUUUUAGUGGCCUCAUUAGUAAUUCGGAAAUUCUUAAUAUCAAAAAAUC